AUGAGCGCUGCAAGACUCUUCCUCAAUGCUUCUCGCUUACGCCAGACAGCUCUGGUUGCAGCCGCUUGCGCCGGCGUCCACAGCCUUUCCCGGCCGAAAACUGUUGUCAGGCUCGACAGCCCUCCAGACGCUCGCGUACCUCAAGAUGAUCCUCUAGUAUCCUACGCGCGCCGUAAACGACGCAAUGGUGCCCAAUCCGAAGAUCGCGCCAAUGUGGAAAUCAUUGGCAAACCCGAUAGCAAAACUGACCGCUACGCCCCUGGUCCCGAAGCUGAAGCCGACGAUGAAACCGCAUGGGUAUCUUUUUCGCGACACUUUUACAACCUUCAAGAUGCAGUUACCUCAGUAGAAUGGAGUGCCAUUCCCGACAAGAUCACAGAUUAUGUUGUGCCCGGCUGGGCCAAGGUGCUCCCGGAAGGAAUUCAAAAGCUUCAAGCCGAGUUGUCCAUGCUGCCAGGCUCUCUGGCGGACGAAAUAUGGCAAGAAGCCCACGACCCGGAAUUAAACCCCGAAAUAUUGUGGGAUGCCAGAGUUCGUGUCGGCGAUACUUUGGGAGAAGGAGAACUCGAGUUCCGGCGGAAAAGAAAAGAACAUGUAGUGAAAGCACUGGCAAAAUACCUUGACCUGAACGAGGCCGAUGUGCACCCGGACGACGUGCCUACGAUCGCCAUCUGUGGCAGCGGUGGUGGUUUGCGCGCAAUGGUAGCUGGCACAAGCAGUUACUUAUGUGCGCAGGAUGCUGGACUCUUUGACUGUGUUACUUACAUGGCUGGGGUGAGUGGGAGUUGCUGGCUUCAAACACUUUAUUUCUCUUCGCUGGCAAAACAGGACCUCAGGACACUCCUGAAGCACUUGAAGGCCCGUCUGGGCACUCAUAUUGCAUUCCCGCCUCCGGCACUGAAACUGGUGACCAGUGCUCCCACAAACAAGUUCAUUCUCAGCGGUUUUAUCGAGAAGCUGAAAGGAGAUCCGGGAUCCUCUUUUGGCCUGGUCGAUAUAUACAGCCUUUUGCUCGCUGCUCGUCUGCUGGUACCGCACGGUGACCUCGAUGUCCAUGCUGAGGACUUGAAACUGUCAAACCAGAGAAUGUACCUGGAGAAUGGCGAGAAUCCGCUUCCGAUUUACACCGCUGUCCGUCAUGAAAUACCCGUGGAUGAGGAAGAAGUUGAAGAGGCAAAAGACGAUUUGGCAAUGCAACAAAAAAUCAAAGACAAGGCACGGAGAGAGGCAUGGUUCCAAUGGUUCGAGAUGCAUCCCUAUGAAGUGUGGUGCGAAGAGUUCGGCGCUGGGAUCCCGACAUGGAGUCUGGGCAGACCGUUCAAGGACGGCCGGAGUCAGCUGCUUGACAGUGGAGUAGCCUUGCCGGAAAUCCGACAAAGUCUUCUGCUGGGGAUCUGGGGCUCCGCGUUCUGCGCGACGUUGGCUCACUAUUACAAGGAAAUCAAACCAGCUUUGCUCGGCAUCGUUGGCUUUGCAGGCUUAGAUGGCCUCCUGGAAGAGAAGAAUGAAGAUCUUUUGAAGAUCCAUCCAAUCGAGCCCGCGACUAUUCCAAACUUUGUCUACGGAAUGAAAGGCCAAUUGCCUUCGACAUGUCCGGAUUCGGUAUUCAAGACAGACCAUCUUCAACUCAUGGAUGCCGGAAUGAGUAAUAACCUCCCAAUAUAUCCACUACUUCGACCGGGACGAGAUGUUGAGAUUCUCAUUGCCUUUGACGCUUCUGCCGACAUACAGAAGGAGAACUGGCUCUCCGUCGUUGAUGGGUAUGCGAAACAACGCGGAGUGAAAGGGUGGCCUGUCGGCGCGGGGUGGCCGAGGUCAUCCUCGAAACCACAGGAGAAUGCACUUGUUCUGGACGAAGCGCAGGCGACGUCGCCGCAGGAAGCUGCCACGAAAGUGGCCGAAGCACGAGAAGAAAGUCGAGAGAAAAAGGCCGACGAAGAACCCAUUGGCUCCAGUGUUCCAGAAAGCCCAACAACUGGCAAUCGCCCUGAUGCAGAGACUAGUCUUGGUGCGUGCAGUGUCUGGGUUGGCACAAAGGCCGAGCGGUCGGCCGUUGAAGAACCACCUCCGUCAAAACGCCUGGCAUGGGACAGUGAGGAGGACUCUACCUUCCACCUAAUGCAGCCUGAAGCCGGCAUUGCCGUCGUGUAUUUUCCCUUGAUCCCGAAUCCGAAAGUCGAAGGAGUCGACCCCGACAAGACAGAUUACAUGUCGACCUGGAACUUUGUCUAUACGCCUGAACAAAUCGAUAAAGUCGUGGCUUUGGCAAAGGCAAAUUUCGAAGAAGGCGCCGAUGUCACGAAACGUACAGUGCGCGCGGUAUAUGAGCGGAAGAAGAAGCUGCGUGAAGAGCGCGAGGCAAAACAGGCUGCAAAAAGGUGGAAGAUCAAAUUGAGGGAAUACGGCGACAGUUUUACAGGCAGUGAAAUACGUUGA